AUGUUCAAGAAUAGAAACAAUGACCGGAAACCGGAUAAGGGGUUAAUCAAUAGAUUCCAGGCGAAUUUCUCUGGUAUCAUGAAAACUACCUCCGAAUCAGUGCUCGAUCGAUCUGUUAACCCCAAAGACUUGCAGCGCAAUAAUGCCACCCAGCUAACGCCAGAACUUCGCUUCACUCCUUUCCUCGACGACCAGUCUCUUCCAAAUUCCACUGCGGACAGACGCUGGAACAAAAGUUUCGGAACCUUCAAUACAGGACUUCAUGGGUUCGCUGGCGAUUUACAUACCCCCACCUUGCAGUCCAACCUGUUGACGCCUGAAACGCUCCUGAAUCACUAUACAGAUGCAGUCACUCCUUUGCAUAGAAAUAAGGUCGCAAAGGCUUCUGAUCCAUUCGAUCUACAAAGUCUCGCGCCAGAAGUACAUAAUUACUUUUGUGAGGAUGCAACAUCCGCAAAACAACCCAACACUUUCGCUCAGCCUGAUGCGGAGCAGGGAUUAUACAACGGAACCAAUGGGGAGAUACCUGUUGGAAACCUGGCUCUCAAUGGACAGAUCAUGUCUGGACUUGUGGAUGGGGAAAAUAUUCCAGAUGUUGAGAAACUGACAUUCAGCCACAACACCAAUUUUCGGUACAAAGUCUCACUCACCACACCGACCGCGAUGAUCCAAGGUUCAAACGACAUCCCCAUAACUUACUUAAACAAGGGUCAAACAUAUCCUUUGACUAUUAUCGAUUCUAAGCCCCCUUCAACGCAAAACGGAUUAACACAUUACCGAACCUCAAUUCGCAUAACCUUCGACACGACAGAACAUACAUCAAACCCCAACUCCUGCUGGAGCCUCUGGAAGGCAAGUUCGGCACAAGAUAUGUCGCGCAAAAGUCGAGUGAUGAAUGCAGUGGAACUAGCCAAUCUAGGUCAGAAUCAAGGUCAAACAAACAAUUUCCAUGUGGAAAAAACGUCGCUAGAUGGGUUUUCUAUUAAAUGGUUUACGGAUGCAUCAGGAAUACCAGCUUGCACGCUCGGAAUUCGAUUCAACUUUCUUUCGACAGAUUUCAGCUAUUCCAAGGGAGUCAAGGGGUCUCCUCUCAGACUUUUGGCCAAGACAGAAACUAUCACUCCAGACAUUCCUGAGCUCAGCUACUGCAAAGUUAAAGUAUUUCGCGACCACGGUGCGGAACGCAAAAUGUUCACGGACGUUUCUCAACUUAAACGAGCCAUUGAGAAACGCAAGGAAGAGUAUAUCAAAGCUCUUAGUGGAGCAGGUGAAAAUCUUGGCAAGCGAAAACGCGGCAGCCGAAUCGUCGAAAAUAAUCAAGAUGGAGCUGAACGAGCGGCAAACCUACAAAACGACCUAGAUGCGGAGUUGGCAGACAUGCAUAGGGCAUUUUCAUCCAAUUUACCAAUCAGCGAAUUCUGUCUGCCCGGCGACGUGCAGGAUGAUCCCGAUCUGUUCCCAAUUCAACUAUCAGAUGAGGAAACGCAAAUCCCUCGCUCCAUGCCACAGCCGGUUCUCAAUAAUUUGACACCACCUUCCACAUUAGACAGCGAGUCAAGAACCAGCAAUCUAUCGCAGAGUCCAACGAAUCAACGUACACCUAAAUCCACCGGGAAGGCUGCCGCGCGUAGCAGCUCUUCAAUUAAGGAUACAAGUCCCACGGGUGACAAUAUCUCCUUUCAGAACGCAUAUAUGAGUACAAGCGCCUCUACAGAACGCUUAGUUCCUAAAAAGAAUGAAGCCGAAGGCGGCGAGUCGGGAUCCGGAGAUAAACCGACGUGUUUGUAUAUUCGCUUUCAAAAUGGGGACAAAUCCGAUGAUUUCCAUACCGCUUUAUUCUUACAGGAACGUACUGCGCAAUGCUUGAAGAUGAUCAUUUCGCAAAAGCGAAAUUUCAGCGCCGAUCUUGAAGUGGAAUUGUACCAAGUCAAGGAAAAUGGGCUGAAGGUACGAAUUGAUGACGAUGUUGUCCAGCAAAUUUCCAAUGAUCAGGCCAUGUCGGCGGAGAUUUCUGAGCCUCUUCCUUCGGAUAAUAGCACCCAAGGUGAAGGCAUGCGCGCGCCCGGAACAAUCGAAGUCAGACUAUACUUUUAG